AUGCUUUCAAGAGCUGCACGCCCGGCUUUGAGAGCUGGCGCGGUGUCGUCUGCCCGGCCCGUCGCACCAAAUGCCGCCACCUUCGCUACCCUUCGUGAAAUCGAGGACCGACUGAAGUCCAUUCGUAACAUCGAGAAGAUCACAAACACAAUGAAGAUUGUCGCCUCAACGAAACUCACCCGAGCGCAACGUGCCAUGACUGAGUCUCGAAAGUACGGACAGACAUCGAAUACCGUAUUUGAGAACGCCGAGACCAAGGCAAUGGAGGGAGAGGAUAAGAAGACCUUGAUUGUCGUGGCCAGCUCCGACAAGGGACUCUGUGGUGGAAUCCACUCUGGAUUGUCGAAAUGCGUUCGCCGAAUGCUUGCAAACGACCCAAAGGCCGACCUUGUUAUUUUGGGCGAGAAGUGCAAAGCUCAGUUGGGUCGAUCAAACGGAAAGAACAUCGUUUUGAAUUUUGCCGGUGUUGGAAAGGAUAUUCCUACAUUCUCGGACGCUCAGGCUGUCGCCGACCAGAUUUCCAUGCUGCCAACAGACUACGGAUCUAUCAAGAUUGUCUACAACAAAUUCAUCAAUGCCACCGCUUACGAGGCUACUCCAAUCGAGGCUUUCUCUGAAGAGGCCAUUGCCAACUCCCCCAACUUCUCUGCUUUUGAAAUUGACGACGAGGUUCUUGCAAAUCUCCGUGAAUAUGCUCUCUCCAACUCACUUUUCUGGGCUCUCGCUGAAGGCCACGCCUGCGAACAAUCUGCUCGUCGUAAUGCCAUGGAUAACGCCUCGAAGAACGCUGGUGACAUGAUCACAAAAUACCAAAUUCUUUUCAACAGAACCCGUCAAGCCGUCAUUACUGGAGAGUUGGUCGAAAUUAUUACUGGUGCUGCUGCUUCAGAAGAGUAG